UGUGAGAGUGAUUAGCAGUUACUGGAGCAACAGGAGCAGUGAGCCACAAACUUUAUUUAGGUGAGCUUGUCCUCUCCGGGGGGCUUCGCAUCACGACACUGAUGGAUUACACAACUUUCGCUGUUACUGUUCGCCAAACUAUCAGUCAACUGUCCAUGUAGAAUGCAUCUUUAGAGACGAGACUCUAAGAGCACAAAUAGAGGCUGAAUUUGAAAACAAAAAAUAAAAAAAAAACCAGUGAAAAUAAUAUGGGAAACUCUGGGAGCGUAUGGUGGACUGUGGUGGAGUGCGCUUGCAGGAUCCUUGGUGUUUCUACAGCAACAGUGUUGUGCGCGGUGGGAGUAGAGACAGUCCAACAGGGAGAAUUCAACAGCCUUGGCAUCUACCUGAUAACAUCCUCUGUCGGCAUCAUGAUGUUUGAGUUGGCAUACUUUCUGGAUUCCCUACUGUCCAUGUGUAUUCCCUGUCCUCCAAACUGGCAAGUGUUUGUCUUGUGGGGGAAGAUGGCUCGUGUUGGAGGCUUUCAUAAAUUCCUCUACUACUCCAUCAUGUCAGUGGUCUGCUUCUUGCACCCUGUGUUGGUUUGGCACGCAAUCAUCCCAGGAUCAAUGCUUUUGGUAACAGCAUUUUUCAACUUCAUACUAAGCAAGAAAGCAAAGACCAAGUCUCCCAAGAGUCCACCAGAGAGCAAUGGUGACCAAAGCCAAACAACUGUAACAGAAAGAUCUGGCUCCAACGGCACGUCCUCGUUCUUCCAAGCAGUGAUGGGAAGAAAGGGAGGGGAAAUGGCCCUCACAGACCCAGAUCACUGCUUUGAGCCACAGGACAGAGGAGAGAGCGUCCAGGCCAUGCUGGAGCAGGUGCAAACAGUAGCACCUGCGCACACAGAAAGGAGGAAGAGGGGGUGGAAAGAGAUGAUCUGGUUCAGAGAGAGGGAGGAGCCUGUGGAAAGGGAGAUGGAGGAGAUGAAUGAGUCUGAACCAGACACCACCUCAGACACUGCACCUAUGAUCACUGACUGAACAAGUGAUACUCCUUUUUGCAAA